AUGAAGCAGCAUGGAUCAGUUCCAGUGGAUGUUCACAUCUGGCAGAUUGUGACCAGGGAUUACGAGCCUGAGCUACGAGAGGCCAAGUCUUUGACCCCUCUGGUUUACGAGCGGGUGGGCAAUGCCUUCCGCCACCGCUUUGGCGCACCAUUUGCUGGCUGGGCACAUUCCUUGCUCUUCGGUGCUGAGUUUGGUGCUUUGCGAGCACAACUCCCGACACAGAUGUUGAAGGAGAUGGAUGCUUAUCGAGAAGAGAUAAAGGCUCAGAAGUUGAAAAAAAGGAAAGCUUUGAGAAAGUCGGACAAGACUGGGCCAG